UACAGCCGCCGCCGCCAGCUCCUCUUUCGCUUCCCUCCCUGCCUUCCUCUCAAGUUUGUGCCUGGUUUCAAAAACCAGCCACGCGCCUGCCCGGAGGAGUCCCGCUUCAGCCCCCUUGGCGGGAGGCCGCCCGCGAGCUUCUCCGGGGCGCAAGCGAUGAAGAGCCGGCGGCGGUGGCGGUGGCGCGGGCAGCACCGGCGCUGCGCCCUGGGCUUGGCGCUCUACACGCUGCUGCUGCUGCUGGUGGUCUCCUACAUGCUGGACUACGGAGCCAGGAGGGGGCGCGCGGGCGAGGAGGAGUCGCCGCCGCCGCCGCCCCGGCGCUGCCCCAGCCUCCAGGAGGCGCUCGGCGAGUGGAGCUGGGACGAGGAGCAGCCGCCUGCAGGGGAAGGCUCCCAGGGCGCGGCUGGGCCCGGGGGGAACGGGACGGGGAGCCAGGAAGCUGCUGCUGCCGUCGCCCCGGGAAGCCGAGCUGGCGGGAAGCGGCACGUCUACUUGCACGCCACUUGGCGCACGGGCUCGUCUUUCGUGGGCGAGCUCUUCAACCAGCACCCGGACGUCUUCUACUUGUACGAGCCCAUGUGGCACCUGUGGCAGGCGCUCUACCCGGGCGACGCGCUCAGCCUGCAGGGCGCCCUGCGAGACAUGGUGCGCUCGCUCUUCCGCUGCGACUUCUCCGUGCUGCGCCUUUACGCGGCGCCUCCCGCGCCCCGCGACCCGCUCGCGCCCUUCCCGCUCUCCGCCGGGGCCAAGUCGCGAAACCUGAGCACGGCCAGCAUCUUCGGCUGGCGGACCAACAAGGUGAUCUGCUCGGCCCCGCUAUGCCCGGACGCGCCCCGCGCCCGGCAAGAGGUGGGCCUCAUCGACGGCGCCGCCUGCGAGCGGAGCUGUCCGCCGCGGGCGCUGCGGGACCUGGAGGCCGAAUGCCGCAAGUACCCGGUGGUUGUGAUCAAGGACGUGAGGCUGCUGGAGCUGGGCGCGCUGCUGCCUCUGCUGCGGGACCCGGACUUGGACUUGCGGGUGGUCCAGCUCUUCCGCGACCCCCGUGCGGUCCACAAUUCCCGCCUCAAGGCCAAGCAGGCGCUGUUGCGGGAGAGCAUCCAGGUGCUGCGGAGCAGGAACCGCGCCGAGCCCCGGGGACUCCCCCGACCGCAGCUCCUGCCGCCCCUGGCAGCCGGCGGCGGCGGCGGCAUCCGAGCUCACCAGCAGCACCGAGCCGAGUUCUUCCUGGGCGGCGCGCUGGAGGUCAUCUGCCAGGCCUGGCUGCGCGACCUGCUCUUCUCCCGCCGCGCCCCGGCCUGGCUGCGCGCCCGCUACACCCAGUUGCGCUACGAGGACCUGGUGCGGGAGCCGCGCGCCCAGCUGCGCCGCCUGUUGCGCUUCGCCGACCUGGCGGCGCCGCCCGCGCUGGAGAGCUUCGUGCUCAACAUGACCCGCGGCGCCGCCUAUUCCUCCGAGCGGCCCUUCCUCAUCUCCGCCCGCGACGCGCGGGAAGCCAUCCACGCCUGGCGGGAGCGCCUGAGCCGCGAGCAGGUCCGCCAGGUGGAGGACGCCUGCGGAGAGGCCAUGACCCUCCUCGCCUACCCGCUCGACGGCGCCGACCGGCGGCAGGAGGACGCCAGGGGGCGCCCGAGUGCUCCUCCUCACCCAGGCUAACAAACCAGCUGCUGAUUUGUAACAGGAUACAGACAAGGAAGGAUGCAUUGCGUACACAGUGGAAAUGGCAGUGAAUGGCAACUUCCAGUGCAGAUUUAUUAUGUCGGAACAAACACAGACCAACUUCAAUGGAGCAGAAUAUAAAAACUUCAAGUAAAGAAACUGACAUAGUGCAAUAUAAAUAACUCCAAGUUGCCAGUAUGUUUUCAGUUCUUGGUACUGCUGCUUCCAACAAACUUUAUUGGCACUAGCUACCACAGGAAGAGGAAUAUAAAAGUGUGUGGUUUGUUAAUGGACACUUACUAUGUUUCACAAACGUUUUAAACGUCCUGUACAUUUCAUGAAGAACUUCAAACACAAUGCCUGUGAGAUUCAUGAGUCCUUAUAAAAGAAGGUACAGUCAAUUAUUAAUCUAAGACAGUAAUUUCCCACCUAUUCAGACCUAUCUUUAUCACUAACAUAGGACUAGCUUUCAGGUUUUGUACUGUAUUUAUCCUGUCUUUGUUUCUCUGCAUUUAUCUUUCUCUUUUUCAGAAACUUAAUAAUUGGUGAUAUUGGUAUGACCCUCACUUGGAAAUCACAAUCAACUGAAAAGCUACAUUUAUUUUAACACAACAUAGCAAACACAGAUAAUUUCAUUCCAGAAGUAGUAUUUGAAAUGCAACUAAAUAACCAAAACAGCACUUCUCAACAAAUUUAUUUACUAUCCAAAAUAAUCUUGAGACCAUUUGGAAGCGGAACAUAGUAAGUUUAUUAGAAUAUUUGCAUUUCUGAAACUAACUGUAAUACAUUUUCUUCUAAGUGAACUGGUAUGAUGCCCAGAUUUGUAAGAGAUCCUUACAUUUGUAAGCAAGGCUGUACUAGUUUCUGUAAGCACCAGUUUGCAUUCAUGAGGGCAAGAUAUCUUUAUUGUGCAGAGUUAAUUCAUAAUGUGUCCACUGUGGGCUCACCCAAUGACGUGGUUGGGCUAAACUAUGGAAGAUUGUCCUCGCUAUACUGUUUAUGGUGCAUGUCUUUCUCUACCCUGACUUUUUCCACGUUGAUGCUGUCUGUUUCAAAGCUUCAACACAAAAUUUGCAAAGACAUGCUUAAUGUCAGAAGUUGUCUAGACUGUAACAAAUGACAUUUCUUGGGAAUUUCUGCCUUUGAGGUGUCCAAAAUACCUUAUUCUUAACAUGCUGAAAGAGUUUCUUAUACUUAUUCAAGAAAACUCAAAGUAUACCUUCCUUUGUACAGGAAAAGCAGCACAGGAGUCACAAACUGCAUUAGAACUGAAGCCCUAAAUAACUUUUAGUCUUGAGUCUUGUGUUUGUUAAUAUUUCACUACUAUUGUGAUGCUUAUUACUGUGGUGUGGUGACAGUAUGAAAGAAUUACGCAUUUCAACCAUGUGAAAUUCAAAACAAUGGAGCAGGUAACACUUGUAUCUUGAUGGUCAGUAACUCCAAUUUGCUACUUAUCUCAGUAAGUAUGAUAUACGAUUUUACAGUACAAUAUAAACAAAGUAAUACAAAAAAGGGAAAUACUGAACACGCUCCAAAUAAGUGUUUUGCCUUCAACAAAUCAGGGAUAUUUUUUACUUUUGUAAAAAAAAAAGCUGAACAAUUAGAAGACCAUUGGGCUGGAAUUAAAGAAAAUAUCAAGUUAUUUCAGUACAAUGAUGAAUUGUUUUGGUCAGACAAUUAACUCACAGUAGAACAAAAUGUGAAGAACUGAAAAUGGCAACUAUGUUGAACUCAUCUCACCCCCAUAAUGCAGUGAAAACAGACAGUGUGAAAAGGGCAUUUCAGCACCUUUAAGUCCACAUCACUGGCUAUUAAUAGGCAGGCUAUUAAUAUGACAUACUGACUAUUCAGGUUGAAGAAAGAGAUAAAACGAAUGGAAACUCAAGAUAGGGUGCUGUUUUUUCAGCAGCUCCAUAUUAGCUUUCAGAGCCAAUAUGAUUCGGAGCGGGAAGACCCAAGUUCAAAUCCCUACUCAGCAAUGAAGUUUGCUCAGCCUAGAAUCCUUCUUUAGGAAGUGAUGUGUUCAACUAAGGAUGCGCACAGGAAACCCAUGCAGUAAAUGUAUGAAGCGGACAGACCAGGUGUUGACUUUUCAACAUUCAGACAGAUUAAUGCACUUACGGUUUCACAAAGUGCUCUUUGUAAUUUUUACAUACUUAGAAGCAAACUGUCCUGUGUCUUACAUUGGUCUUCAGCUGAAUUAUUGGUAUCUGACAAAAGGAGCUUUGACUCUUGAAACAUUUUGCCACACAAGUCUUGUCAGUCUCUUUGGUGCUACUGCAUUCAAGUCUUGCUAUUCAGCUGAAUUAUUGUCAUUAUCCAUGAUUUUAGGACAGUAUUGUGUAUGAACACACAAAUUGUUUUGAGCACAGAGCAAAUUAUACUCUAUAAAACAGCACUGAGAUUGUGUGUCGCAAUUUAACUUUAUUUUUGAACCAUUUUUCAUACAUAUUAAAAACUGAAUUCAUA